UGCCUAGCUGCUCGCGCACAACCGCGAGGUCCUGACAGCAACGCGGGCGAUGCUAGUGUGCGAAGCAACGGACUGAAGAGAGCGAAGCGAGAGAAGAAGAAAAAAAAAAGAAGAAGAAGCAGCAGCAGCUCUGCCGGGGACCGUCUAGUUUCAGCGGCGCCAACGCACACACAGCACAGCCAGGCAGCAUGUCGGUGCUCGCUCUGCAAGAGUACGAAUUCGAGAGACAGUUCAACGAGGACGAAGCCAUCCGAUGGAUGCAGGAGAACUGGAAGAAGUCCUUUCUGUUCUCCGCCCUCUACGCUGCCUGUAUCCUGGGGGGCCGCCAUGUCAUGAAACAGAGGGAGAAGUUUGAGUUGAGGAAACCGCUGGUGCUAUGGUCACUCACACUUGCUGCAUUCAGUAUAUUUGGUGCCAUCCGUACUGGGAGUUACAUGAUGUACAUCCUGAUGACGAAAGGGCUUAAACAGUCAGUUUGUGACCAGAGUUUCUACAAUGGGCCUGUCAGCAAGUUCUGGGCAUACGCCUUUGUACUUAGUAAAGCACCAGAACUGGGUGACACUCUCUUCAUUGUCUUGAGGAAACAGAAGCUCAUUUUCCUCCACUGGUACCACCACAUCACCGUGCUGCUCUACUCCUGGUAUUCAUACAAAGACAUGGUGGCUGGCGGCGGAUGGUUCAUGACCAUGAACUAUUUGGUCCACGCCGUCAUGUACUCUUACUACGCCUUGCGAGCGGCCGGCUUCAAGCUGUCGCGCAAGUUCGCCAUGUUCAUCACACUGACCCAGAUCACCCAGAUGCUGAUGGGCUGUGUGGUCAACUACCUGGUGUACUCGUGGAUGCAGCAGGGCCAGGAGUGUCCAUCCCACAUGCAGAACAUUGUGUGGUCCUCCCUCAUGUACCUCAGCUACUUUGUGCUCUUUGUCCAGUUCUUUUUUGAAGCCUACUUCGGCAAGUCCAGAUCAUCGGCUGCGGCUGUCACCAAGAAAAGCGAGUAAAAAGAAAAUGCCAUAAGUAUGCGAAGAAGGGAGAUGAUGGAAAAAAAGGGAGUUGGAAAUGGAUAGCGGGGACCAGUGGCUUGAGAGAUGAAUGGGCAUGGAUGACAGAGGGGUGGCACGGAGGCCGGGGAAGUGGGAGUAUAGUCGGGGUGGGAGGGUCAUGAAAUGGUUGGUGUUUGUGCUUGAGCAUUACUACUAAUGUGCAGAUCUAAAAAACCUCAUUGGAGGUAAUGUCUCCCUUGGGGGAUGCUGAGGAUGCAGCGCCACCAUAAUCAAAAGCCAUCAUAAGUUGUCCACCUGAGGUUUAAAAGCCCCCUUUUUGAAUUCACAUUCAAUAGUUUUUAAAACCUAAAAGAUAAUAAAAGGAUAAAAUUUUAGAUUUACAUCUGCCACAAACAUAAGUUUACUUAUUAUUGAAACAAAAACACAAAAGAAGGUACAUAUGAAGAUGGAUGGAGUCAGCAUUAACGUGAACCAUCCAAGUAUGUUUUUGUCUGUCUGUUGUCAGUGUUUUGUUGUUUUGAUUUGAUCUGUCAAAGAAAAAGUUUGACACACUGGUGAGUGAAUGAGGCUGAAGUGUUGGUGGUUGGUGUGACCUGAUGGGGUGAACGGCACUGUAUCGUCUGUGUCUUACAUUGCAAAAUGCGAUAUUUUUCUCAGGUCUUAGGUUAUCUCUUUCUUAAUAUAAUAUGCAUAUCAAGACAAAGUAGACAUGUUUAACAUCUGCACCAGUUUACAGUAUGGCUGAAUUUCAUCUAGAAUGGCUGCGUAAUUGAAAAGAAGCAUGAAUGAAGCUGACUGGACUGAAUGACUGAGAUGAUCACACUGCUCCUGGCCAUGAUGGGAAACAGAUGCUGACAGUGCCCUGCUUCACCACGUGUCAUGAACCUCGCUAAAGUUGCCGACCACACUUGGAAAAUGACUUGCCAUUGAUUUCCAAACACUUCUUUGUGUUGAAGGGUCCCUACCAGUGAAGAAAAACCAGUCUGUUGGACACAGAAGGCUUAAAUGGAGGACAAACAUAUUUAUGUUUAGCAAAAAGAAAAAAGAAAAAAUCAAACAUGCAAAUUGUCAAAAUCUGCUGUAUUGAAAAAAAAUAGUAUGUAUCCUUAAUGGUGUCUGUUGUGCUAUUGUGCAUUUGCACUGUGUCAAUGUCAAAACAAGCAGUUGUUGCUGAAAAACUUAACGUAUGAACAAAGAGUGCAAAAAUGUGACAUGCCUAUGGUGUUUAUUUUUUUUUUUUGUCUCAGCUGCAACAUCCUGGCAUUGCAUACACAUAACCAUGUUUUUGGUGCUGAACCUGAAAAGCCAUUUUAAAGGAGCAGUGUGCAGGAUUUAGUGGCAUCUAGUGGUGAGGUUGCAGAUUUUAACCAGCUCCCUCAUCAUUGGGAAAACUGACGGUGGUCCUACUUUAACACAAACACACUAAAGGCCCUCUCUGGGUGUCGUGUUUGAUUUGUAUGUUCUGAGCUUUUGUAGAAACUCGGCCGUGCGACACGUGAGAGCACCUGGUCCCUUAAGGGCUCAUUCUACGCUGAGGCAAACACAAUGAGACGCAGUUACAGGCGAUGAAAACACAAGUAUGAAGACUAUGUUCUGCAAACAGAUCUCCCUAAAUCAUACACACUGGUCCUCUAAGGGCUACUUGGCAUUUUUACAAGUGACAAUAUUCAGAAGGGUCAGAGGAUCAUCACUUUUAGAUAUCCAGUACAUGUGCUCAUCAGUUUCAAUGACUAGACAGUUUGCUUGCAUGCAUGCAAAACUUUAUUCAGUGUAGCAGCAAUGUUACAGUGUACAAUGUACAUACCUGACUGCUCCAGCUUAUCAGGGAUUCUGCUUUUGGUUCCACCUGUGUCAUUGAGGUAAACGUGUAUCAACACUGGAUACAAGUGGCUGGCGGCAGGUAUGAACAGCAUACAUGACUGGAGUGACUCAUCCAAUAAAACAUUCCACAGUUACUACUGGACCUGCAUUCAAAACUGUUCACAUCCACUGUACUGGCCUCCCCCUAGAGGUACUGUUGUGCAAUAAAGCUUAAUCAUUGAGACUAA